AACAGAGCACUGGGCAAAACAAGAGCUCCCGUGUUAGCAUUUAGCAUUAGCCUGUGUGCGUAGUGAGGUAGUGUCCGACAAACGAAACGAUAUCAUGUUAAAAUAGCUAACUUGGAUCUAUCUGGGUAACAAUACACUAGUUCUGGUGUUAUUGCACGCCCGGGAUCGCGGCUACAGGGGUUGUCUGGUUGUUUUUCACCGUAGAGCUUCAGGUUAACUAAAGCUAACAUUUCCAGAUCCAACCUCAGAAAUGGGGUCCAUAUUAAGCCGUAGAAUCGCUGGUGUUGAGGAUAUCGACAUCCAGGCCAACUCGGCGUAUCGAUUUCCACCUAAAUCUGGUAAUUAUUUUGCAAGCCAUUUCUUCAUGGGAGGAGAGAAAUUUGACACACCCCAUCCAGAGGGGUACCUUUUUGGUGAAAACAUGGACCUAAACUUUCUUGGCAAUCGGCCAGUGCAGUUUCCAUAUGUAACACCUGCGCCCCAUGAGCCUGUGAAAACCCUACGGAGCUUGGUAAACAUUAGAAAGGACUCCUUACGCUUGGUCAGGUAUAAAGAUGACUCUGACUUACCAGUGGAAGAAGGAGGGAAGCCCAAAGUCCAGUAUGGAGUAGAGUUCACCUUUGAUGCUGACGCUCGUGUUGCCAUCACACUGUAUUGCCAAGCGUUUGAGGAAUUCUCCAAUGGGAUGGCAGUGUACAGUCCCAAGGACCCAUCUAUGGUUUCUGAAACUGUGCACUACAAAAGAGGUGUGAGCCAGCAGUUCUCAAUGCCGUCAUUUAAAAUAGACUUCAGUGAGUGGAAAGAGGAAGACCUGAACUUUGACCUGGACCGUGGAGUGUUUCCCAUGGUGAUCCAAGCUGUGGUUGAUGAAGGCGAUGAUUGUUUGGGGCAUGCUCAUGUGCUGUUGGCAGCUUUUGAACGACACGUUGAUGGUAGCUUCUCUGUCAAGCCUCUAAAACAGAAGCAAAUUGUGGACCGUGUGAGCUAUCUUUUACAAGAAAUCUAUGGGAUUGAGAAUAAAAACAACCAGGAAACCAAGCCUUCAGAUGAUGAGAACAGUGACAACAGUAAUGAGUGUGUUGUGUGUCUGUCUGACCUGAGAGACACUCUGAUCUUGCCCUGUCGGCAUUUGUGUCUCUGUAACUCAUGCGCUGACACCCUUCGUUACCAGGCCAACAACUGUCCCAUCUGCAGGCUGCCUUUCAGAGCGCUGCUGCAGAUCCGAGCUGUGAGAAAAAAACCUGGUGCUCUGUCCCCUGUGUCCUUCAGCCCUGUUCUGGCCCAAACCAUGGACCAUGAUGAGCAUUCAAGCUCCGACUCUGUGCCUCCUGGAUUUGAGCCCAUUUCGUUGCUGGAGGCUCUGAACGGACUGAGGUCUGUGUCACCUGCCAUCCCCUCAGCUCCUCUUUAUGAUGAGAUCAACUUCUCUGGUGGAAUGGGAGGAGACAGGGGGCAGCUCAGCUCACCGGAACAUCUGAGCGACAGCAGCCUGCAAAAGAGCAAAGUCAGCAAGUCUCCUGACAGCACCCUGAGGUCCCCCUCUUCACCCAUCCAGGAGGAGGAUGAAGAGAAGCUGUCAGAGAUGUCAGAUGCCCAGCCACAUACUCAUCUGUCCAGCAGCCCUGCACCCACUGAUAAUACUGCUACAGAGGAUGUAGCAGAGUCCUUGUCUCCAGAUGAUGAGGACAGACUGGCCGCAGGGGGAGACAUUCUUCAGGACUGCAGCAGUGAGCACAGCAGCUUGACCAAAACAGAGAGUGACCCUCCAGGAGACCUCUCUCUCCCAGGUUCAUCUGAGUCGACUGAAAGCCUGAAGAGUCAGAGCACUAACUGCUCGAGCCAGCCUCUCUUGUGCCCUUCGAGUAGCUAUCGUUUGGAGGACGAGCACCUCGGCCCCUGAGUGUCAUCAUUCACAAACAGUCAACUCUUCAGAUGCGACACAAUAUGGACAUUUAUCAGUCUCUAGAAAAGAGAGACUUUGUCAGUGAUAUUUUAACUUCAUGUUUUGACCAUGUUUUUGUAGGUCUUAUACAUUUCAUUCCCUGUUGAUAUUUGAGAUAUAAUGUUUCACUGCCGGAUAAGGCGGUGCUUUUAAGCACACUUAACCUUGACUGUUUGUGACACUAAUUUAGGAAAUUUAAAUGACUAAAGAUGAAGUUUGUGUGUUUUGGUUGUGAACAGAGUUUUAAAGUCAUGUUUUUUUUUUCUGUGAUUUUGCACUCCAACAUUAUUCAUUCAGAAAAUAUUCCCAACAACCUUUAUCAUCAAUAACACCAUUGUUUUAUUUUAAAGUUUGAAAUAAUGUGACAUAUAUGUAUUAUAACUGUAUUAAGAAGCUGUUAUUUGCUAAAGUGUAGAAAUGCUUAUUGUAUAGAAACAAAUCCUCGUAUGAAACUUACUGAUCAUAUAAACAUGUUAUUUAAUACUUUAAUAAUCCAUUAGAGCAACAGAGUUACCCAACAGCUGUAUUCAAAGAUGUGGCUAACGCUGCUUGUCUGCUCCCUCCAGUGGCUCGGUUGUAUUACAGAUCUCUGUAUAGUUUCUGUGGCCAUGAGACUCUCUGCUUCUGUGAUGUAGCUCCAUUUGUUUAGAUCUAUGUGCCUUUAACUGAUACAGCGGCCUGCUUGUUGCAUUGGACUUAUUUGUUUUACUGUAAACUGUACAGUCAUUUUUAUCUGUUCUAUUGGAAAAGUAUCUUACUGUUUAUAUGCCAUGUAUCAAUUAUGCAUUUACUCUGAACUAUUAAGUAAGCUGAUUUUUAUCAUACAUAUUUUUUUUUUUUCCAGAAUACUUUUGUUGCAAUAGUUUAAACUCUUGGUUUCUAAGCUUGCAUUUGCAUGUGAAUAUAAAAGCUUGAACCAUGUUGCUUCUCCCUCUUAUGUGCAUCUCAGCUUUGAUACUGUGCCUUCCUGUCCCUGUCCUGACCACUGUUGACCUGGUAUCCAGGACAGCUCCACAGAAUGUGGUUGUGGCUAAAUGAACCCUCAUUUCCUCUUCAGUGUAUAGGUGCAUGUGUAAAACAAUAAAGGUAAAUUAAAACAGC